UGCACUGAGAGGCAGGGGCCUUGAGGGCCGGCCCUGGAUCCUGACUGCCCUUCUGCCAGGAAGACACAUGCAGCCAAAGAUGAAUUCGGGAAAAGUAGCGGCUUGCUCCUUUAACCAUGGAAAAGCAGGGCUACGGUGAGAUGGAAAUUAUCCCGUCAGAGUCUCAGUCCCACAUUAACUUGUUGAAAAUCAACCGGGAGCUUCUGGUCACUCACAUCCGCAACACUCAGUGUCUGGUGGACAACUUGCUGAAGAAUGACUACUUCUCGGCCGAGGACGCAGAGAUCGUGGGUGCCUGCCCCACGCUGCCCGACAAGGUCCGCAAAAUUCUGGACCUGGUACAGAGCAAGGGCGAGGAGGUGUCCGAGUUCUUCCUGUACGUGCUGCAGCAACUCGCAGAUGCAUAUGUGGACCUCAGGCCUUGGCUGUCGGAGAUCGGCUUCUCCCCUUCCGAGCUCAUUCAGAGCAAAGCUGUUGUCAACACCGACCCAGUGAGCAGGUACACCCAGAAGCUUCGACACCAACUGGGCCGCGACUCCAGGUUCAUCCUGUGCUACGCCCAGAAGGAGGAGCUGCUGCUGGAGGAGAUGUACACGGACACCAUCAUGGAGCUGGUUGGCUUCUGCAACGAGAGCCUGGGCAGGCUGGGCAGCCUGGCCUGCCUCCUGGACCACACCACGGGAAUCCUCAAUGAGCAGGGCGAGACCAUCUUUGUCUUUGGCGACGCCGGCGUGGGCAAGUCCAUGCUGCUGCAGCGGCUGCAGGGCCUCUGGGCCACCGGCCAGCUGGACGCGGGGUUCAAGUUCUUCUUCCACUUCCGCUGCCGCAUGUUCAGCUGCUUCAAGGAGAGCGACACACUGUGUCUGCAGGACCUGCUCUUCAAGCAUUACUGCUACCCGGAGCAGGACCCCGAGGAGGUGUUCGCCUUCCUGCUGCGCUUUCCCCACACGGCCCUCUUCACCUUCGACGGCCUGGACGAGCUCCACUCAGACUUUGACCUGAGCAGCGUGCCUGACUCCUCCUCCCCCUGGGCGCCUGCCCACCCCCUGGUCCUGCUGGCCAGCUUGCUCAGUGGGAAGCUGCUCAAGGGGGCCAGCAAGCUGCUCACGGCCCGCACGGGCAUCGAGAUCCCGCGCCAGCUCCUUCGGAAGAAGGUGCUUCUGCUGGGCUUCUCCCCCAGCCACCUGCGGGCCUACGCCAAGAGGAUGUUCCCCGACCGGGCCAUGCAGGACCACCUGUUGGAACAGCUGGAAGCCAACCCCAACCUCUGCAGCCUGUGCGCCGUGCCCCUCUUUUGCUGGAUCAUCUUCCGGUGUUUCCAGCACUUCCACAGUGCCUUCGACAGCUCCCUGCAGCUGCCUGACUGCACGGUGACGCUGACGGACAUCUUCCUGCUGGUCACUGAGGUCCACCUGAACCGGACACAGCCCACCAGCCUGGUGCAGCGGAACACGCGGAGCCAGUCAGAGGCCUUCCACGCUGGCCGGGGCACCCUGCACUCGCUGGGGCAAGUGGCCCACUGGGGCAUGGAGAAGAACCUCUUUGUCUUCAGCCAGGAGGAGGUGCAGGCCUCCGAAAUGCAGGAGGGAGACCUGCAGCUGGGCUUCCUGCGGGCGGUGCCAGAGCUGGGCCUCGGAGGCGACCGGCAGUCCUACGAGUUUUUCCACAUCACCCUCCAGUCCUUCUUUACUGCCUUCUUUCUCGUGGUGGACGACAGGGUGGGCACUCGGGAGCUGCUCAGGUUCUUCCAGGAGUGGGCGCCUCCUGGGGAGGCAGCAGCGUCCUGCUACACCCCCUUCCUCCCUUUCCAGUGCCUGGGGGGUAGCGGCUUGGUGGGGGAAGACCCCUUCAAGAACAAGGACCACUUUCACUUCACCAACCUCUUCCUGUGCGGGCUGUUGUCCAAAGCCAAACAGAAGCUCCUGCGGCACCUGGUGCCCACCGCCGUCCUGCGGAGAAAGCGCAAGGCCCUGUGCGCACACCUGUUCGCCAGCCUGCGGUCCCACCUGAAGAACCUGCCCCGCCUUCAGAGUGGGGGCUUCAACCAGGUGCAGGCCAUGCCCACCUUCAUCUGGAUGCUGCGCUGCAUCUAUGAGACGCAGAGCGAGAAGGUGGGGCGGCUGGCGGCCAGGGGCAUCUGUGCCAACUACCUCAAGCUGACCUACUGCAACGCCUGCUCGGCCGACUGCAGCGCCCUCUCCUUUGUCCUGCACCACUUCCGCAAGCGGCUGGCCCUCGACCUGGACAACAACAAUCUCAACGACUACGGCGUGCGGGAACUGCAGCCCUGCUUCAGCCGUCUCACCAUCCUCAGACUCAGCGUAAACCAGAUCACUGACAGUGGAGUAAAGGUGCUACAGGAAGAGCUGACCAAAUACAAAAUUUUGACGUAUUUAGGCUUAUACAAAAACCAGAUCACGGAUGUGGGAGCCAGGUACAUCGCCAGAAUCCUGGAUGAAUGCAAAGGCCUCAUGUACCUUAAACUGGGAGAAAACAAAAUAACGAGCGAAGGGGGAAAGUGUCUCGCGCUGGCUGUGAAGAACAGCAAAUCCAUCUUUGAAGUGGGGAUGUGGGGCAACAGAAUUGGUGAUGAAGGAGCAAAGGCCUUCGCGGAGGCUCUGAGGAACCACCCCAGCUUGACCAACCUGAGUCUUGCAUUCAACGGCAUCUCUACAGAAGGAGGAAAGAGCCUCGCGUGGGCCCUGCAGCAGAACGCGUCUCUGAGAAUAUUCUGGCUCACCAAAAAUGAACUCAAUGAUGAAGUGGCAGAGAGCUUGGCAGAGAUGUUGCAAGUCAACCAGACACUGAAACAUUUAUGGCUUAUCCAGAACCAGAUCACAGCCAAGGGAGUUGCCCAGCUGGCGGAUGCAUUACAGAAGAACACUGGCAUAAUGGAGAUUUGCCUAAAUGGAAACUUGAUAAAGCCAGAAGAAGCCAAAGUCUUUGAAGAUGAGAAACGGAUUGUCUGUUUCUGAGAGGAUGUUGUCCUGUUCGUGGGUCUCGGCCCUGGGAGGCUCCCUGGCAGCAGACUCCACUAUGCAAUCACCUGUCUUGGCUGUCUGAAAGGGCUCUGCUGA